CAACACCAACUGUCCUCUGAUUGACUCAAAAACAGCCUUUAAGUGGUACCAGGGUGGAUCCUUAUACAGAUACAGGGAGAGACAAGAGCUUUUAGUUACCCGCUCCUCUGAUGAAAGCUUCUCCUGUGCUGUGAAAGGCCUUGAUGAUCUGCACUCUGCUGAAGUCUGGGUUCAUGGACGUGUAAACAGCAUCUGUGCCUUAAAAGGUUCAUCAGUGGAUCUGCCCUGCUCAGCUCAACGUCCCACUACAACCAUGAAGUGGUACAUUGUACACCGGAAUGGAUCUAUAUUUGUUCAGAAGGAGCUCUCUGCAGAUGAAAAUCAUGUGAUGUACAACAUGUCUGCAGAGAGUAACUUCACUCUAACAAUCAAAGAUCUGAGACAGAGCGAUGCAAAUGUUUACUGCUGCAGAGAAACUACUGACAACCCAGAACUCUGCCGGCACCACAAAACUGAGCUCCAUGUUUCAGACCUGCAGGUAAAGGUGAUUCCUGCCACAGAGGGACAGACAGUGACACUGAUGUGUAACACCAGCUGUCCUCUGACUGAAAACCCUGCAGUCUACAUCUGGUACAAGAACAGAGAGUUCCUCUAUCAGGACUGGUCUCCCUGGUACCAACAGCUGGUCAGCAGUGAGAAAGCAGUCAGAUACUCCUGUGCUAUCAAAGGCUACGACGAUCUCAGAGCCCCUCAAGUCUCAGUGGAUUUUGUUGGAUCAGGCUACUUCAGUGUGACCUAUGCUAGAGGGAAAAUGUGUUCUCAUCACAACACAUCAGUGGAUGAGCCGUGCUCCAUCAGAUUUCCCAGAGAAGUUAAAGUUGAAAGGACUGGUGCAUCACUGACGUGUAACCCCUGCUGUGAUACAACUUACCAUGAACAUGACUAUAAGUGGUACCAGAACAGAACAUUAUACUCUGAAGGGCACAAGCUGUCAGUAUCACAGUCUAAUGAAAGCUUCUCCUGUGCUGUGAAAGGCCUGCUGUCACCUGAAGUCUGUAUUGAGGAUAAGAACUGCUGGAGUGUGAAUUAUGUCCGGAGAAGAAUCUGUGCUCUGGAAGGAUCUUCAGUGAACAUUUCAAGUGAAUAUUCUUUCCCUAACAACAGCCAUCCCACGUCAAAAAUAUGGUACAAAAAGGGCAGUGGGAAUAAAGAAAAAGAAGAACUGAGUCAGGUUGCAGGUCGUGUAGAGUAUCAUGACAAGAACAAUCACCACAUCCUGACAAUCAAUAACCUGAAGAAGAAUGACUCAGCAGAAUACACAUUCAGACUGGGACGACGAAAAGAAAAAUGGAAAGAGUCUGACUUUCAUGGAGUGAUGUUGGUUGUUACAGGCCUGAAACUUAAGGUGGAUCCUGCAGUGGUGAUAGAGGGUCAGAACGUCACACUGAGCUGCAGUACCAGCUGUCCUCUGCCUGACAACCCAACCUACACCUGGUACUUUAACAGGCAACCUCUGGUCCAACCAAAGAACACAAAAAUACUGAAAAUAAACCAAGUCAGCAGUCAGGAUGCAGGAAACUACUACUGUGAUGUCAAGAGUGGUACACAAAGCAUUACAUCUGGUGAAAUAACUCUGACUGUUCUAAGUAUUCAGACAGCAUCAGAAGCAGCAGCAGCGGCUGUAGCAGCAGCAGCUGCAGCAGGAGUCUGUGCUGUUCUCCUGGCUAUCACACUUCUGGUUGUCUUCUUUUGGAUUAGAAAACAGAGGGCUUCGGGUCAAUCUCCUAAAGCGGAAGCAACGGACAACACGGAGCAGCUAAACCCUGAUCCUGUGUAUGAAAACAUCUUAGCUCGACCAGGAGAGCAGGAAGAGCUUCACUAUAGCAGAGUCUACUUCUCUAAGAGCCAGGCAGAACCUCUUUACUCCACCAUCCAGCCACAUCAGCCCAAUCGACAGGAGCAUGCGGCUUAUGUUACUGUCAACUAGACCAGCACGACCCCCCAGUCAGCAUCUCUUACCAUUACAACUGAUUUGGGAUCUACUUAGUGGCCUAACUCAUCUUGAUCAAUGGUAAUAUUUUCAACAACCAGCAUUUCAAGACUUUUUUCCGACCACCUUUUCACUUCACUCCAUGCUAAUGUGGACCAGGAGUUCCUUAAAAGUACUGAGCCUCCCGAGCAAAAGCUAAUCACUUUGAAACAUCUGUCAGAAAAAAAGACAGAGUGUUUCUGAAGAAGCAGUGAUCACUCAGCUAGCACGGAACAUGUGCAUGUGCUGAAAAUCUGCACAACAAAGAAAAAAUGUAAGAAGCGGCCUCAGUGACACCAUCACUGUUUUUCUCUA